UAUAUAUAUAUAGGUGCUGAUCUGGGCGGACUGUUGGAUCUUGAGACUCUGUAUCAGGGCGUGGAACGCAGUAUUAACCAGAGCCGACGAGCCCGCAGACAGUCCCCCGAACGAGUCUACAACAUUGAGGUUUUGCUGGGGGUGGACGACUCCGUAGUGCAGUUUCAUGAACAGCAACAUGUGGAGAAGUACCUCCUCACUCUUAUGAACAUUGUUAACGAGAUCUAUCAUGACCAAUCUCUCGGGGCACGAAUAAACGUGGUGCUAGUUCGGAUUGUUUUGGUGGAUGCCAAAAAAUCCGCGAGUCUCAUUGAGCUGGGCAACCCUUCUCAGAGUCUGGAGAAUGUGUGUAGAUGGGCUUUCGAACAGCAGAGGAAGGACACAAAUGAUAAAGAUUACCACGAUCACGCCAUCUUUCUCACUCGUCAAGAGUUUGGACCCACGGGGAUGCAGGGUUACGCUCCUGUCACAGGCAUGUGUCAUCCCGUACGGAGCUGCACUCUCAACCAUGAAGAUGGUUUCUCGUCUGCUUUUGUGGUGGCACAUGAAACCGGCCAUGUGUUGGGAAUGGAGCAUGAUGGGCAGGGGAACCGUUGUGGAGAUGAGGUGCAAAUGGGAAGCAUAAUGGCCCCACUGGUGCAGGCCGCUUUCCACCGGUUCCUCUGGUCCCGCUGCAGUCAACAGGAACUGAGCCGCUACCUGCAUUCAUAUGAUUGUCUCCGUGAUGACCCGUACGAGCACACGUGGGAGGAGCUUCCACAGCUGCCCGGGCUGCAUUACUCUAUGGACGAACAGUGUCGCUUUGACUUUGGGGCCGGAUAUAUGAUGUGCACAGCGUAUCGCACCUUUGACCCCUGUAAGCAGCUUUGGUGCGCUCACCCAGACAACCCCUUCUUUUGCAAGACCAAAAAAGGGCCGCCCAUUGAUGGUACCACAUGCGGAGAAGGGAAGCACUGUUUUAAAGGCCACUGUAUGUGGCUGACUCCAGACAUCAUAAAACAGGAUGGAGGCUGGGGUAUAUGGAGUGAGUUUGGUGCCUGCUCUCGCCCCUGUGGAAGAGGACUACAGUUUCGCACCCGAGCUUGUGACAAUCCAUAUCCAGCUAAUGGUGGACGUUCUUGCGCCGGUCCAAGCUUUCAGUUCCAGAUGUGUAAUACACAUGAGUGUAAAGACCUGUACCAUGACUACAGAGCCGAGCAAUGUAGCAUGAUGGACAACAAGUUUGAGUACCAGAACACCUGGCACCAAUGGCUGCCUUAUGAACACCCUGACCCUAAGCAACGCUGCAAAUUGUACUGUCAAUCCAAAGAGACGCGAGCUGGAGUCAACAUGCAGACUCAGGUGGAAGAUGGAACACGCUGCUCUUACAAAGAUCCCUACAGUGUGUGUGUGUACGGAGACUGUGAGAAAGUGGGCUGUGAUAAUGUGGUUGGAUCAGCUCUGCAGGAAGAUAAGUGCGGCGUCUGCGGGGGAGAUGGAACCAAGUGCAAGACUCACAAAUUUAACUUUACCUUUGUAGAGAAGAAAGGUGUCAUUAAGGUGCUUGAAGUUCCCAGAGGGGCGAGACAUCUCUUUAUCCAGGAACUUAAUGGGACUAAUCACAUUUUAGCUGUCAGGAAUAAAGCGUCAGGUGAUUUCUUUCUCAACGCACAUGGAGACUACCCAGAGACGCGCUCAGUUAUUGAAAAAGGUCUGGAAUGGGAGUAUGAGAAUAAAAACAACAAGGACACCAUUCAAACUAAUGGCCCCCUAAAAAACGAUGUGGUUGUCAUGAUCCGAAUGCAUGGAUCGACCAAAGUGAAGGUGUCGAUCAAAUACAUCACUGACAAUGACAGACCGAGUGACAGUGCCAAUGAGAAUAACAUGGUCCCUGAUUAUGCAGUGCCAUAUUCCUGGGUGGUGAAGAGAUGGGCACCUUGUUCCAAGACCUGUGGAGAAGGCACUCAGGUGACGCGUUAUGGCUGCCGCAAAAACACAGAGAUGAGGAUGGUUCAUCGCAAAUUCUGUGAGAAAAUCAAGUCGCCUCCGUCCCUAAUUAGAAACUGUUGCCUGAGAGAGUGUGCUAUCCCGGUCUGGGUGGCUGGAGAGUGGGGUGAAUGCAGUAAGUCUUGUGGGAAGACUGGCACUCAGACACGCUCUGUACGCUGCCUCCAACCUCUGGGCGACGACAAGUACAAACCCAUCCGCAGUCGUUACUGCAGCGACGAGCGCCCAGAAUCCCGCAGAGACUGCAAUCGCAACCUGUGCCCUGCUGAGUGGAGGCUUGGCCCCUGGUCACAGUGCUCAGUGACGUGUGGUAAUGGCACGCAGGAGAGGCAGGUGCUUUGCCACACCCGUGACAACACCAUUGGGCUCUGUCUGGACUCCAAGCCAGCUGCAUUAAGACCCUGCAGAAUGGAUCCCUGCCCAACGAGCACUUCCGACUUCAACAAGCACGGCAACUUCCUGAUACAGUGGUUGUCGCGUCACGACCCCAAAUACCCCUUGCAGAGGAUGUCAAGACUGCGUUGUCACAGUGACCGUUCUGCGUUCUGUCGCAUGGAGGCGCUGCAGCAAUAUUGUUCCCUUCCAGGCUUCCAGCGCAUGUGCUGCAAGUCCUGCAAGGUUGACAAUUCCACAAAGAUCACUGUGAUCAAAAGUAGGCCACCAUCCAAAUCAGAAACAACCUCUAAAGGACGAUCCACCAUAAGUCCCACACGCACAGAGUCCACCACAGCAGCCUUUCUGCCAUCUACAGAUGGGAAAAGUGCCACUUCUGUGAGCACUUCUUGGUUAUAUACGGCCUUAGCAACAUCAUCUGAUACUCACGGAUACACGACAAUGCCCGUUUAUCCGUACACUACAACUCCUAUCUUUAAGCAUGCUACUCCAGAUUUCCUUCCAGAACAGAGCACAUAUUUUGUCAUUACUACACCAACUAGGAACACAUCUGCACCUAGAAAAGACAUGGUAAACAGCACAGAAUUACCUGCUAGUACUGUUAUCCCCAUCAUUUUCAGUGAUGUGAAUGACGCCACCCUCAUUCCCAGCACCACCGUCAAGUUUGAAGAGUUUAAUGGGAGCAGUGGUGCACCAAAUGUGGACAACGGUGUGGUAUUGCAGUCAACAACAGAAUAUGGUGUGAAUAAAAACGAAUUAACAAUCUCAGGCACCAAAUUACCUCUUAGUACUGUUAUCCCCAUCAUUUUCAGUGAUACGAAUGACGCCACCCUCAUUCCCAGCACCACCAUCCAGUUUGAAGAGUUUGAUGGGAGCAGUGGUGCACCAAAUGUGGACAACGGUGCGCUACUGCAGUCAACAACAGAAUAUGGUGUGAAUGAAAAUGAAUUAACAACCUCGGGCACCAAAUUACCUGUUAGCACUGUUUUCCCCAUCAUUUUCAGUGAUGUGAGUGAAGCCACCCUCAUUUCCAGCACCACCGUCCAGUUUGAAGAGUUUGAUGGGAGUAGUGGUGCUCCAAAUGUGGACGACGGUGCGGUACUGCAGUCAACAACAGAGUUUGGUGUGAAUGAAAAUGAAUUAACAACCUCAGGGCCAGGCAAGAUGGUCCUUGGCAUCCCAGUGACAUCUAUAGCAGAGGUGCCAACAACCACUGAAGAACCUGCUCCAAUGGCAACAACCUCUAUAUCUACAACUUCCAGUACACCACAGUCAAGUACAACAGCAUCCAGCACAGAGAAGAUGAGCAGACGGCCGAAUAACGUGGAAGAGACGAGCGAGAGCAACGCUAUUGAUAUGCCGCAUCCAGUAAUCCCGUUGGACAGUGAGUUUCCUCCAAAUAACAUCAUCCCCAGGAGAGGACGCGUGUUUCUGCGUGAGAAAACACGGAAUAAGCGCAUCCAGGAACUGCUUGAGGAGAAGCGAAACUUCUUGAGACGGAUGAAAAGAGCACAGGGGAUUUGAACCCUGUCCAGUUUCUCUUAUAGAGAUACAGCUGCCAAAUGCUACUUCUGAAUCCAGACUUUAUGUUGGUGUUAGGUUCAAGAACUGGAAAAUGGCCUAAAUAUUUAAUUAACUGAUGCUUUUCCCUCUUUUAAUGACAUGGCAAACUGAUUUUUGUAGAACAAAACCACUAGCAUGUGUUUGCACAGUGUCUUUGAACCUCAACAAUGUCCCUUUAGUAGGUUUCACUGAAGGAUAUUCUCAUUCAAAGUGAUUUAUCAUUUUAAAGAAUUAGUUCAGCCAAAAAUGUUAAUUCUGUCAUCAUUUAUUCAACCUUAUGUAAUUCCAAACCUGUAUGACUUUCUUCUUCCUGAUGUAGAACAUUUUCCAUACCAUAUAACUGAAUGGUAACGAGGAGCUAUCAAUCCCCAAAAUGACAAUAAAGCAUCAUACGAGUAAUUUUC